UUGGUCGGUUCAGUUUUCGUGUAGCAGCCGACGCGGGAGGUGCGGCCGCUGGUGACCCUCGCGCCCCGCGGUGUGACGACGUACCGACGCACGCCGGACCACUAUCGCGAGUGUGUGAGUGUGUGUGUGUGCUCGACAUGUGUCGGGGCGGUAAUCUCCGCAACCGUGCAGUGAAAGUGAUAAGUUCGACAUUGUGAGUGCGCGUGUCGCCGGCAAGUGCUUCGUGGAGUACCUGGACUUCCCCCGCGCCGCCAUGAGGCUGCUGCUGCUGCUGCCGCUGCUGGCGGCGGCCGUCGCCUCCCCCAACCCGCACGUCGCGGUGCUAAAGUGCUGCCCUUACGGCGAGACCCUGGACCCGCACACGGCCGACGGUCCGCCGGCCUGCAUGCGCACGGACAACUUGGCGUCCUCCAGCCGCUGGACGCCCAAGAUCUUCUCGAAGCGGCUCCGCAACUUCCUGGGGGCGGACGCGCCGCUGCCGGCGCACUGGACGGUGCACGCGGCGUCGCGGCCCCCGUGCGGCGACCGCGCGGUCAUGGUGCUGGCGCACCCGCAGAACCACCCCGUGUUCGUGCUGUUCGAGGAGGGCUCGCUGUUCCUGCACGAGACCAACGAGAUGCUGCCGGCGGGCCGCUUCUGCGUGGACGCCACGGCCGCGCUCGUCUGCCCCGCCAAGGACGACGACGCCCCCGCCACGUCGGCGGCGUCCUCGGCCGCGGCGCCCAACUCCAUCGACGGCGGCGGCCCCAUCAAGAAGUCGCACAAACCGCAAGUGCGCAAGUGCUGCCAGGACAACGCGGUGUUCGACGAGCAGCAGAUGGCCUGCGCGCUGCGGCCCGCGUCCUCGCCGUCGGCGGACCUCUGGGCCGUGGCCGGGGAGCGCUACCGCGACGCCUUCGCCGUCAUCAGGGGCUUCCCCAAGUGCGACAGGGACAGGCCCUUCGUGAUCCGCGGCCACAUCGGCGGCGGCCCGUCCGCGGCCAACAUCACCGAGGCCCACCUGGAGGACGACGGCAGGGUGCGGCUGGGCGCCGGCGCGCCGCUGCACUUCGAGGAGUACUGCCUGGAGACGCUGCUGGACGCGGGCGGCGUGCGCGUGUUGGCCUGCCUGGCCUCCGGGGAGGUCCCGGAGCAGCGGGCCUCGGACCCGCGCUUCACCCUCUACCCCGCGCUGCUCUUCCUCAGCGUGUUCUUCCUGGCCGCCACCCUGCUGGCCUCCUGCCUGCUGCCCGCCGCCUACCACCAGCUGCACUGGCGCUGCCAGACCAACUACGUCGCCUCGCUCAUGCUUGGCGACCUGUUCCUGGCCGUCACGCAGGUGUCCGGGGACGCCCUGCAGGGGCCUUUCUGCAUCAUUUUCGCCAUCCUGAUGCACUUCCUGUUCCUGGCCGCGUUCUUCUGGCUGAACACGAUGUGCUUCAACAUCUGGUGGACCUUCCGGGACCUGCGGCCGGCCAGCGUGGACAAGAACCAGGAGGUGGUGCGCAUGCGGCUGUACGAGGCGUACGCGUGGGGCGGCCCGCUCGUCAUCGCGGGGGUGGCCGCCGCCCUGGACCACCUGCCCGCCGACGAGUACCCGCACCUGCUGCGGCCCGGCUUCGGACAGAACAAGUGCUGGUUCCGAGGUGACUCGGAGGUGCUGCCGUACUUCUUCGGGCCGCUCGGCAUCCUGCUGCUCAUCAACCUGUGCCUCUUCAUCCUCACGGCCCGCGAGCUGACCUGCGGCCUGUGGAAGGCGGAUGGCGCCAAGCCCACCACGGAGAGGGCGACGCUGCGCCGCGUGUGCCUCAAGCUGGUGGUGGUGAUGGGCGUGACGUGGGUGGUGGACGUGGUGUCCUGGGUGGCGGGCGGCCCCAAGGAGGUGUGGUACGCCGUGGACGCGGUGAACGCGCUGCAGGGCGUGCUCAUCUUCGCCGUGGUGGGCUGCCAGCCGCACGUGUGGACCGCCGUCAAGAGGCUGUGGUGCCUGCGCGAGUCGCGGUGGUCGCGGUCCGAGGCGUCGCGGCGCGCGCUGCACCUGUCGUCCACCAGCCAGGGCCCGCCGUCCAUGGGCCCGGACUCGCUGACCACCACCACCACCUCCAACGGCACGCCCGCCAAGCUGCAGCUCAACGGCAACGGCGUGAACGGCAACGGCGUGCCGCCGCCGCCCAACUCCGAGACGCCCUGCUGACCCGAGGAGGGGCGGGGACUGCUCGACGUCCGCGUCGACGCCCAGGUGCACGUGCAUCGCGGCCAGGACCAGGACCUGGAGGACGGCGCGGACCAGCCCCUGGUCGCCGCCUACAAGAAGGCCGUCGUCGUGAAGCUUGACGCCGCGACGCCGCGACACCGCCACUGCCAUGACAGCGUGCGCCCUCCCCGCCCCACCCACCCUGCAUCCCACCUCACUCAAGUGUGCCCAAGUUGUUUGUGAAGGGCGCCAGGGGGAUGAUUUAACAUUGUAAUGUUAGUCUGUACAAACCGCAUGUUUCUGCCCCUGCAGUCAAGUGUGCGGUGAUGAUUUGAUUUUACAGCUGUUGUGUUCAUUGUGCUACUACUUGUACUCAUUCGUGAGUAUUAAUAACCUGGACUGAUAAGACAGAAGGAGCAGCAGAGGGAAUUGACGAGUUGUUCGAGGAUGUCUGAUUUAGUUGUUUUGCGCUGUCUCUGGGCAGCUGGGGUUUUGCUAUGUAACGUAACAUAUCCUGAUGGAACGUUUAGUGUGUGUUUUGGAAGCUGCGUGUGGCUGGCUGCUCCUUUAAGACACACCAAAGAGUUAAAGCAUUGUUGAAUGUUUCACUCAAAAAUGAUUUCUUUUUUUAAAGUCCAUCUUUUUUUUUUAAUUAUUUGACUUUAGAUUUUUAAUUUUGAUUUUGUUUCAGAAAAAAAAACAUGUUUUUUUAUGCAUGCAUUUGUGUGCUUAGAUACUUUUGCUAAAAGAAAAAGAAUGCCUUAAGAAUUAUUUUACGCUUAUGUUUUGAUUUAACAUUUAUUUAUGUUCUAAAUUAGAUAAGACUGUGGAAUUCUAGAUCUGUUGAGGCACAGGUUCCAAUAAGAAUUCAAUCAGUCUCUUAGUACCUGCUGCAAUUUAUUUAUUCUAACGGGUAUUAUUUGAAGCCAGUGAAACUCUUUUCAAAGGUACUCAGUUUAGAGCGGAAAGCUUGUUGAGUUCUAACAGCAAUGCUUUAUUCUAAUUUAUCCUUUAUUGUGCCAAUCCGGUUAAGUCAUUGUAUAUUAAACUUACUUUUACGUUUGAGCAGGUGUUGUACAUAUUGAUAUAUUUUAGACAAUAAGACUGACCCCUCAAACUGGUGUGUUAAACAAGUCAUCCUGUUUUUCAUAUGUGACCAUUUAAUUGUUCCUUUAAGUUAAAUUGUUACCAUGUUGUUUGUCAAUAAUUGACAAGGAAUGCAUUUCCUCUGCUAAUGUAUGUACAAACUUUUUACUUUGUAUGCUUUUGUAAAUAACUGUAAUGUGAUGUUAUUUGUAUGAGAAUCAAGGUCGAUUCCUUGGAUAAACUGGCAGUAUUCUUCUGUACAUAAACCUCCAUCCAGCAAUGUGGAGGUGUGCCUUUUUUUUUAAAUAAACAAAAUUUGUGUCUGAC